AACUCGAAGGACAACAUCUGCUAUUUAGAGAAUAUUUGCGGAGCCGAACAACCCUAAACGUGCACUAUCGAAGACGAACUUAGCAUCAAUGGAGGUAAGCAUAUUUUAUAGCUAUGUUUUUAACUAGGAAUUUCUUAAAUGAAUAAUAAAACAAUUAUUGAAUUAGGCUUUCGUAUCAUAUGAAGAAUUAGAGAGAUCUCCAUAAUUCUUCAAAAGAUACUCAGCCUCAUCCAUCAAUUGUUAAUUAAAAAGAGUAUAACGACGUAUCAAACAAAGUUAAGUACCUUAUUAUUUUUUACCCCUUUUCGGAUCAUUUGACGGUACAGUACUCUUUUUUUUUUUAAUUUGUACGCUUCCAUUUGUUGUUUAUUUGAAGUAAGACAAAGGCAGUAAGUAUAUACAUGUACGUCUAGUGUCUCUGGUCCAUAAUAGGAUAGAAUUCAAGCAUACGUAGUACUUGCUACUCGGUUACCCGUCAUGAGUCACGCGUGUGACCAGUCGUUUAUAGCGGGUGUGUAAGCAGAUAUGUGACUUUCAGUUCGCCAUUAAACUACAUGUGCUUCACUCCAUGCCCGCUCUUUUCGAAUUUAUUACCGUCUAACCUCUCCUUACAGACACCUCUCUAUUACGGACAGUUCGUUUGGUCCCAGAAAUGCCAAAAAUCAGACAUUCCCUAUCUCUAUAAUACGGACACCUCUGUAAAGCGUACACUUGGUUUUGUCCCUUUGGUGUCCGUAUUAAAGAGGUUUGACUGUACUCUAAUUACACUGCAGGCAAAUUCACACAAUGCAGUACAUACUUUACUUGCUUACUGAUAUCAUAGCAGACCAGGUCUGCAGCCAGGUCUGCAGACGUAGUCAAAUCCCGGUUAGUAACGUCUGCAAAGCAGGGCUAAAAUCCUUGUUUUGCGCCCUAACGGACUCCGAAUUGCAGGAAAUACGUUUCGAAUUUCUCUUCAGCCUGACUGGCAAAUUGACAAUGGUAUUUUCAACAGAACAAUCAUGACCCGUACUUAAAUCCUGGUACACAGGUGGGGGCCCAGAACAAGGAUUUCGGCGCUGUUUCGCAGACAAACUUAACCAGAGUUUAGUUUCGUUUGUGGCGUAGGCUAGCAUAUCAUUGCAAUUAUCUUCUUCUUCUUCUUCUUUUCUUUUCUAUUCUUUUCCUUUUUUCUUCCUUAUUGUUUGUUUUUUUUGUUUUGUUUGGUUUUUUGUUUUUUUCACACGUUAGAGGUGGGUCCUGUUACGGUAACAAGUGAUGCAAAAACAGUCAUUGAAGCUGUUAAUAAUUUGACUGCUUCUGGAGGCGGGGACUGCCCUGAGCUAGGCAUGACGGGUCUUUACCAGGCCCUGCUCCACUGUCUUCCCGAGACUAACAUCUACUACUUCUCGGAUGCUGAUGUGAAAGAUGAGGAUAGAGAAAAUGAAGUCUUGUCUCUGGCUAAGAAAAAGAAGGUGAAGAUUAACUUUAUUUUGUCCGGUCAAUGUGGUCGCCGCAAAAGACGAAACGUUCAGCAAUCGGAAAGUUUCAAAGAGUUUCACCGUAUAAGGAGAAGCGCCCAAGGUCAAGCUCUGUACCAGUCGGUUGCUAGCCAAACUGGUGGACAGGUUUUUCAAGCUACCAAAUCUGAGGUGGCUGAUCUUGUGGAAAUAAUCGAUCCCGGAAGCCCGGUUAACUCCUCUGUUGACCUGCAAGAAGUUGGGCUGCUGAACAUAGAGGAAUCUCGAGCUCAAUACUUUAGUGGUCAGUCUUAUUUCGUGGAUAUCGAUAGUACGCUACAAAGCUUGGUUCUGGUACUCACAGCAGCUGGGUCUCCCAGUUUAGACAUCCAAACUGUUGAAGGUAAUAAAACACUGGCUAUUAUUAACCUGCGUUGCACCUGGACUUCAGGUGAUUGUACGCGGGACGAUUCGCAACGCAUUCGUUAGUGUGAAUCAUCGUUGCAACGUUGGAACAAUGUUGUGACUAAAUGUAUUCGAAACAAUGUCACAACAAUGUUGCAAGGCUGUGUUGCGCUAAAAAUCGUCGUUGCAAAUCGUCUAGUGUAACGUCGCCUUUAUCCAGCACUCGAGACCUAUAAAUAGAGAACUUGAUAUUUAGACUGUCUGUGACGCAGGCUAGCUUCGGGGAGGGCGGGGGUACUCCCUAUGAUGGUCUAUAUGGGGAGGCUCCGCCCGAAAGGGAUACUUUUUCCAGGCUUCAGGCAUAUGAAAGGGUAUGAAUUUCACUUGUUGAAGUAUAUAAAAGGGUAGGGCAUUUUGGUCUGUGAAAGGGCCCAAAAGAGCCAAGACAUGAAUUUUAUGGCUUUUUAAAGUGGAGAAAACGUUCUAAUUUAGUGAUUGACUCCUAUUUAAAAGACAGUGCAUUUACAGCAGUUAAAAGGGAUGCAAAGUCUUAAACAAAGUGUGUAAAAGGGUUCCAUUUGUCAAUAGAAAGUAUACGAAAGGCGUGGCCGAAAUUAUAUUCGUGAAAAAUGGUAUAUAUUAAAAGGUAAGGGUUUGAGCCUCGGGGCAGAGUUUCUCCGUACAAACAUUUGUUGAGUACUUCCCCACCACGUGGGGGCUAACUACUAUAUACCAAUUCAGAAAGCUAUUUCUGCAAAAUUACAAACUUUUACAACUUUAAAUGGCGUCAUGACAGAAUAUCAAAACUUAACGUUAACGAUUUACGUGGUAAAUCUAGUCUUAAAUCCUUUCGUGGCAACUUUUGUCAUAAAAAGAGAGAAGAUAAUAUUAUGGCCCUUUUUUCCAUGAGGAUAUUGGCCCGCUGAAAAAUAACAGGUAUUAUAAACGACCUGUACAAGUAAAGGAGAAUCUGUAACUAAAUGGAUCAAAACAUACACAUUAAUAAAUGAAGAAAUGCUAUCGUUUCAGAUAAAGAAGGCGGGGAAAGGCGUCUAACAGGGAUUGGACAAAAUUCGCGCUUGACCUAGCAAUCUAAAGUUAGUAAUAAAAAAGAGGUAAUUUUAGACUGAUCAUUUUCUUUCGAUCCAGGAAACGCGACUUUGCAAGAAAAAAAUAUAACCUCUUCAAAUAGACUUCUUAUAUUAGAAGUUAGUAACCUGGUUAGCGGUUUACUGAACAUGACAGUCUCCUGUGUUGGUCCCUUUACUCUGCAAGUAACCGGCUUUAGUCCUUUGGAUUUCACCUAUCAGCUUUUAGACGUCGAAGACCUGGAACGAGGAAUUACAAGGCGUGUCGUGGGAAAUCCGUUAAGAGGUAAAGCAAUCAAAUUUUGCUUAUAAACUUUUUUCUUGUCAGAUGUUCUCGAUGACAUUGCUGCUUUAGUAAGUUCUGUAUCUAUUUACCACAGGGAUGUACCCAUAGGAACAAGGGCAUGUAUCAAGUUUAGCUUAGCUUCUUCUUUGUUUUAAGUUUAAAUGUAUCAGUUAACUCCCAGAAUGGAAGUAGGAAGUAGUAUCAGUAGGAAUUUGACGCAACAAUUAUCUUUCUUGUGUGUCAUUUGGUUAUCAGCAAUUCUUGGUGCAGACCAAUUCUUGGUCCUGUUUCCUUAGAUGCAAAGGAAAUAAGAGAUAUCUGCACACAAGUUUAAGAAAGCCUACCACCGGGGUGUAACGUGCGACUCGUGUCCUUCCACGAUUCCUCUUGUGUGUAUUCGAAAGUUAGUACAGCCGGACAUGUCUAAAGAAUCGUCGAGAUAUAAUGUAAUCCUAUUGAUGAUCAUUGUUCCAACGUCAUCACUCAUGAAUAGACAGUGACAAGUGCUCUCUAUAUAACGAUCGACCUUGUGCCAUGUUGACACCCUUUCUUUGAAAACUCAAAGAAAUCGAACUGCAAAAGAAUUUCUUAUCCGGCAAUCUACAAGUUUAUUACGGAUAGGUUGCUUUACAUUAUAUCACUUUAUUCCGGUAUUCCUUUUCUUUCAGGCCAAACUCUGUGGCUCACAUUAGAUUUUGUUGGACGAAAAGAAAUAAACAGAGUCAGCUAUUUAACGCUUGUGGAUUUAAACGGAACAGACCUUGAGACAUUCAACAUCACACAAGGGCAAGGCUUCUACAAGAAUACCUACUUCGUUACCUUCGUUCCUUCUGCAGAGAAAUUUAGACUCAAGGUGACAGGAAUAGACAAGACUGAGGCCCGCUUUCUUCGUGUAAAGCCAACUUUAUUUACUCUCGGUGACAUAAAACUGUCUCAAAAUGUUGACAAUAUAAACGGUUCAAACUCUAUUUUCCCUGGUGAGACUUUGAAGGUGCAAAUCGAUGUUCAAAACUCCGGGGACACGCAAACGUUACAUUUCAGGGCAUCAGACGACCUACAGUAUGUCACAAACAUUAGUUCCUCGCAAGGCACCUUGGGAAAAAAUAACACGUUCGUCCUUCGUGUUGCCCUUACUGCUCCUAACAACGCAAGAUAUGGCGUGACAAGCACUGUCACGGUAUUUGCGUCACAGAAUUCUGACUUCACCCAAGUUGUUAAUUUCAUGGUUUUCUUUGUCACCGUAGCAUCCAAGGUAAGCGAAAUAUGGCAAGUCAGUUAUUGAUCCCAUGAGGCCAAGAUAAGGAGAGGGGUGGGAGGGGGUAAUAUAAAAUUGCAUGUUUUCUUAGAUGGACCCUUAUUCCAAUAACACACCUCAAUGUUUUUUGCAGACAGGUCGAAAUGACUUGUACUUUAACCGACUACCGCAAACCUCAAGAAAUCAACUAUUCGAGGUCACACAAGCAAUAAACCAAUGGAAAUCGUCACAGAAAUUUUACGUUUUUUUCAACACUGAAGAGACCAUUAAACACGAUCGUCGAACGAAAUCUUAAAAAACGCCUGCAAUUGAGAAACAAAUGCAAAAGUCAUAAAAAUUAUUCAUUGUAUCCGGUCUUUAUAUUUUCAGAACCCUGACGUCUCUCCUCCCUCAUGUUCCAUAACAAACCAAACAGGGGCAUGUGCAAGUGUUUAUGGAAGACCAGAGUGCGUGUCAAGCACGUGGUACGUACAUGUCAUGUUCAUUGAUGCCGGAGAAGGAAUGUUCUCAAUAACUACACGAGACAAUACAAAUGGAACGUUAAAUGGUAAGAGCAUUCGACUUGUAUGUCUUUAAGUAAAUGAUGCUUUACGUUCAAACCACCUAUCGGCUUGGUUUCUUUUUAGGGUGUUGGUUUCAAGAGCCAGCUAGUGUUGUCCUUGGAACAGUUAUAUAACCAUCGUUUGCAUUCUGAAAACACUGUUCGCUAGAGACUCCUCUCUUGGCACGGGAUCCAGAGGAGUUUAGUUUGUCGUUAAAACAUCAAAACCCGUCAAAAACCGUCAGUCUGAAAAACGGUUUAUUUUGAUCGUGUUACAGUUUCGUUACACAUUCUAUAUACCGCAAGCCAAGGUACUGAGGGCUCGCAAGAUGGGCUUAUACUAUAUGAUGCAGAUUUUUUACUGGGCACUUCGUGCUGUGCGCCAGCGAGGAUAUGGCUCGCGGAUAUUGAUUUAAAAAAUGGCGAACAACAAAGUCGAUCGGUAAGCACUCGUUUCCAUAUCUCAAACCGCCCUCUCCCUUUUCACUUACACUUACAUGAAAUUUCUAAGUUUCUUGACCCAGAGACUUAGUUUCUGCUCAACAAAUGUCGUCAAAGUGCAAGUCUCUUCAAUUUUAAAGGAAAAAAAAAAUUCCGAAUUACGAGCAGGAAUCGAUCCCGGAAUACUAAAUCAGCAGUCCCAAGCCCUACCCACUACACCACCGAGGAUUCGCUGCAAGGUAUGGGAGUAGUUUAACUACUUUAGCGAAAACCCUAAUCACUAUUCUAAGUGCUUAACCCUAAUCAGUAUGGUCAGUGCUUAACCCUAAUCAGUAUUUUCAGUGCUUAACCCUAAUCAGUAUUGUCAGUGCUUAACCCUAAUCACUAUAGUCAGGGCUCACUCAUAUAUGUAUACAUAUAUGCAAUUACUUUGUGUAGGCAUCACAAGGUAUCCAAGGGCGGUUUGAGAUAUGGAAACUAGCAUUCACCAAAUCGAGGGCAGAUAGGAAGCGACGAAAUCGUUUACGUUAGAUUCAUAGAGAUCCCAUUGGGCGAAUUAAUCGUGCUAAGUGACAAGGAUAUACAUUCUUCAAGGUGAGACGUUAAAUAAGCAGACCUCUCAAUCCCAAAAGACCAAAAGACCUGGAAAUUUGGGAGAAAACGUCGAGAUUUAUCUACGGCUCAAAGAACUAAAACCAGGUGUAGGGAACACAUAAAAACAAAAAUGGAUCGCUAAAAAUACGUUAAACAGGAUACCAAUCUCCCCAUUCUGUUUUGAACUUUGUCCGAUGAAUAUUCAUCGUUUCCCGCCAUUUUGACAACGUGGACGAAAUGUAUCUAAAUGCGACAAACUGGUAACGAUAACCUUAUUUAACAUUUGUUCUCUAAAUAUGCUUUUGAGGUCGGUAUGUUGUCAACAAGACGAUAAAAUAUGACAAAUAUGCCUUAGAACUGUGGAUUUCUACAGAAUUGACGUCUGAAAAUCAAUUUUACAACGUAAAAAUGAAUUCAUUUUAAAAGUGUAUUCUAUCGGCUUGUGUAUCUGUUUACCGUGAGAUUUCUGUGCCUCAUCGUGAGACCGUGAGAUUGUCCUCAAACCCAUGAGACUUGAGCGGCCUGAAUAAGUAACUCAUUUAUUAUGCGAUACUCCUCUGGACUCUGUGUCUUGGCUCUACCUUCAGAAUGUAGCAGCCUUAAGCAUUUGACCCCGGCUCAAAACGCUCUAACACAAUCGUUAAGCCAUUAUUGUACAUGUGUCUCUCUGUUGACGAAAAAAUGUCAGAACAUGGCGAAAGGGAAUGCGAAUUUUUUUUUUCUACAUUAAGCACACAGAGUGUUUUCACUCACGUGGCCAGUAGCCGGCAAAUUUGUUGUGACAAAAAAAAAAUUGUUUACCAAAGAGUAGAGUUCAACUACAACAGGACAGGUUUGGGCACUAACAUGGCCGCCCUUUUAAUUUAUUUAUUUUCUAUUUGCGACACCACCAUGGUAGCUUGUGACCGUAGACGUAUUUCCUGUUUACUUUUCGGGUGGAGAGAAGCUAAGACCGGAAAUAGGAAAUACGUCUGCAUUCGCAGGCUACCAACAUGGCGGAGGUGACCUCAUGUCAAAAGGCUGUACAAAUUAAGUAACUCAUUUUAGCAUAGUAAUUUGUUUUGUGUUAUUCUUUUUAGUCGAGGCCUUCAACCAGGGUGCAGUCAACAAAUCCAUCUCAGCUUCCUUUACCUCCGACUGUUGCAAUCCUAGAGUUAUUUUUGUCGGCCUUGACCUCGUAGGAAAUAUGGGCACUUGUUCCAUCAGCCUUGUUCCUGAUAUUGUGUCCCUCAGCGCCAAACCAAGCAACACAGCUGUGUCCAUUUACCCUGGGAACACCACCAAGGUCCCUUUUACACUACUUAACCUCGGCUCCGCGGGAUCGUUCUCUUUUCAAGUAACUAAAGCGCCUAAACUCUUCAGUUACGUCAUUCCCUUCAGCCUUGCGCUUGAAUCAAAUGUCAGUGCAGCUGGCUACGUGACGAUCAAGUCACUCGGUGAGGUUAAUGAGAUGCAGAAUCUGACCGUAAAGGCAAUUUCACAGUCAAACAGUGCCAGCGUAAAGGAGGUUACAUUAGUUCAAAUUAAGGUAUCGGUACUCAAACACGUGCGAUUAGAGGUAGUGGCACCUAACGAUUCCUUCUCCCUGUCGCCCGGGCAGAAGCUGGAGGUUAACUUCACUAUAAAGAACUUGGCAUCAUCUGAAAUCUUCACAUUUCUGGUGAGUUAUAAUUAGGGAGCUUAAGCGACGACGACGGCGACGGCAACGAGAACGACAAAAAAGCAAAGGUUUGUAUUAGAAAAACAACAACUUUGCACGUGCAUUACGCUUUUUUGUACAUUUCUUAGCCGUCACUGCACGACUACAACGUGAAAUUGCCUAAUUUCACGUUUUGUCCAGGACGGGAACACGAGACAACAACUUUCUUUUUUCUUUUCCUGAACUUUAAUACAGUCCUUUAAAACUCAACUCAAAAAAAAUUUGCUAGCAUUUGACGAAUUAAACGAGAUGGAAUAAGCAGGUUAAAGUUUGAGGCAACGCGAAUUCUCCUUUUGAGUGACGUUUCCGUAGCCGUCACCGUCGUUGUUGCUGAAACUCUCUAACUACUAGCAUUCACCACCUCCACAUCUUCCCAGGAUGCACUGUGUUUCCCCCCUUCCUACUGUCAAACUAUUGUUCCCACUUUUCUUAGGAGUUUCAUUACAAUCGUCCCAAGAGAAAAAUAAAACGGACAGUGGUGCUUUUGCAAAGUCCAGAGGCAAACAGUGUACCAUGGGUAGAUUUAUAAGAGCUAAACGAUUUCUAAGGCCAUGACGACAAACGAGGCGCUUGCCAGUAUUAAAACGGUUAACCAUUUUAAACUAGCCGCUGGGCAGGCAGGCAUGAACGCGUGACGAACCACUAAGAACGUCACUAGGAGGCUAAUUUUAAUCCCGCCUGGAUUUCUCAGUUGUAGAUUUGCAUUACGUCAAACGGUUAGUUUUUACGAAAACCGUGGUGAAAAGCAGAAAUUUCAUUCAGCAAUGAGGGAACCCUCUCUGUCAGAGCGCGUGGAAAACCAUGGAAACAGUUGAUUGACGUCCACAAAAACUCAGGUUUAAACAGAGAGAAAAACCCCUUCGAGGGCCCGUGUUAGUGGUAACCGCUGUCACACAGACAUUACAUUGCGGAUAGCCUUCUUAAUUUUCUCAAGUGGCUUAACCUCUCUCAAUGACUUAUCUUGUUUGUUUUCGUCAACAGGUACACAGUAAUCAAUCUUCAAUUGAUGGAAGCAUCCAGCCAUCGCCAGUCCGUCUCGGUACAAUGCAAUCCUCCUCAUGCAUCCUUGUCCUCGUGGCACGAUUAGACGCCGAUGAAAACACCAUCGCGCUUGUAAACGUCACGACCGCGCCCGCGUCACCUAACGCUGACCAAAAAGAGCUGCAAGUUUUCUCCUUGACUGUGGCCGUCGGUCGCGGAGCCCCGUCCGCAACAGAAACCUCCUUGGAAAACGAGACCAAGCUGGAAACUUUGCACAUAGUGUUGAUCUUCCUCUCAUCGUCUGUUGCCCUACUGCUGCUGUUUCUUAUUAUUUUGUUAGUAGUUCACAAACGGAAACACGGUUCUUAUUUCUCAAAAAAACCUGUUAAAGGUCACACAAAUCCAGGAUAUGCCAGCAGUCAGCUACGACUUGAAAAUCUCGAGGUCAUCGUUUAUAAUCAUUCUUAG